AUGCCUCCCUUUGUGUACUGGGUUUUGGAAAAACAAGAAACGAGGGUUUGGAGCUGGCUCGUGGGUGGAUAGUAAAGAAUUGUAGAGUUUCGUGUUGUUUCUGCAGAAAUAUUAAAUAUUACGUGGAUUAUCAACAGAGUAUUUUGGACUUUUCCUUGCCGAAGGAU